CGCGAUAGCUGCUGACGAGAUCAAAAGCGGAAGUAAAUAGUCGGCUUUGGCACGUUAGCUACCGGGGGGCGUAAAUAAAGUAAUACAUUCCGCGUGCAAAUCACCUGAAUUUUUAACUGGUUAAUUUUAUUGAUAUUAAGGCCGAGUUUGUGAAAACUGUUGACAUUUCGGCGCAAGGCAGACGCGGGUCCGAUACAAUCAGGUUACGGGUGUCCGAUAGCACGUUUUGCGGCCUGGCACUUGUGCUGCUAACGCAGUCAGCAUUGUUGCUGCUAAGUUAAGCUAACGGCGCGUGUAGCAUUUUAGAAACUAAAGACUCAAGUUGCGACUUACUACAGCAAAUGUCCAUUAUUUCUCGUAGCACAUAAUCUACUUCGGCACUUGUGGAAAGAAAGUUCGGUUUGCAUCUAAAAUGAUCAUUGAAAAUCUGGAUGCUUUGAAAGCAUGGCUCUCUAACACACUCGAGCCCAUCUGCGAUGCAGACCCAUCAGCACUCGCCAAGUAUGUUGUUGCCCUGGUAAAAAAAGACAAAACGGAGAAAGAACUGAAAGCUUUGUGUAUCGACCAGUUGGAUGUGUUUCUCCAGAAAGAAACUCAGCAAUUUGUGGACAAGCUGUUUGAAGCUAUAGACAGCAAAAGCUAUCUGCCUCAGACGGAACCACUACCCACUUUGGUCAAGGUUGAGAAAGAUGAUCCUAAAAAAGACGAGGCCAAUCGAGAAGAACGUGACAAAAAGUUUUCUCGAAGAGUGAAUAACAGCCCUCCUCCCUCCAGUUCCCGCUACAGUAGAGAUGGCAGGAGAGUAGAUGAUCGUAAAAGAGAUGACCGUUCCAGGAAAAGGGAUUAUGACCGCAACCCGCCCAGAAGGGAUUCUUACCGUGAUCGAUACAAUCGGAGGAGGGGUCGCAGUCGUAGUUAUAGUCGCAGCCGCAGCAGGAGUUGGAGCAAGGAUCGUACUCGAGACCGGGAUCGAGACCGCGACCGGGAUAGAGAACGGGACAGAGAACGUGAUCGGGACAGACCACGAAGCGGGAGUCCUUCUCACAGCAGAACUCAUUCGAGAAGCAGGAGUAGAGAACGGGAUCCUGGAAAGUUGAAGUACGAUCACGAUCGAGUGGACAGGUUGGAAGGGGCUGAUGGUUUCACCACAGCUGUCCUGGUUUCCACUGCAACCACCUCCCAUUUUCCUGUGCCAACACUGAGCAGCACCAUUACAGUCAUUGCACCCACUCAUCAUCACAGCAACAACACAACUGAAAGCUGGUCAGAUUUCCACCCAGAGCUCCCUGUAGAUCGUGGUCCUUUCAGAGGGCCCCUUCCUCAACCCAGGAAACGGUGCCGUGACUAUGAUGAGAAAGGCUUCUGCAUGAGAGGAGACAUGUGCCCUUUCGACCAUGGAAGUGACCCAGUUGUAGUGGAGGAUGUGGGAUUGCCCAAUAUGCUCCCCUUCCAACCUCCACCCAUCCCAGGUGUGGAUGGCCCUCCGCCCCCAGGCCUUCCACCUCCACCACUACUGAACCCCCCACCUGUGAAUCUGGGGCCUCCUGUGCCUCCACCAGGCACUCUACCACCAAGCCUUCCGCCAGUUGCAGGACAUGAUGUCCAUAAUUUAAAAAAACAAAUUGAAAUGUGGACUCGUCAGACCACAGAAGACUUUUCCACUUUGCAUCAGUCCAUCUUAGAUAGAGGACCACCGCCACCUCUUCCUCCACUUCAACCAUCUGGAAUGGAUGCACCUCCAAAUUCCAUUACGAGUGCUGUUCCCACUAUUGUCACUUCUGGCAUGCGCUCUUCAAUGCCCCAAAUGCCUACACCACUUUUCCCUCCAGAUACCUAUGAGACUGAUGUGUACAACCCUGAGGCUCCCAGUAUCACUAGUAGCUCCAGGCCAGUGUACCGCCACCGCGUCAAUGCCCAGAGGCCCAACCUGAUCGGCCUCACUAUGGGGGAUGUGGAUGAGCUACAGAAAGACAAGGUUCCAAACAGCAGUAUGAGAAUUGUUAUGGAUUCUGGCUUGAGGAAGAGACCUGCUGGUUCACAUGAUGGAGGCAUUCUCCACAAGAAACCAUGGUUUGACAGGCCCAAUUAUAACAAACCCAACCACCUGGGCUAUAUUAGAAGAGGUCCCUUUAACUCUCCUAACACCAAGCUGCUGGUCCGGCAAAUUCCCUCUGAUCUCAACAACAUCAGCAAACUCAAUGACCAUUUUAGCAAGUUUGGAACCAUCGUCAACCUGCAGGUGGCCUACCAGAAUGACCCAGAGGGUGCACUGAUACAGUUUGCAUCCCCGGAUGAAGCCAAGCGUGCCAUACAAAGCACAGAGGCUGUCCUCAACAACCGCUUUAUCAGAGUGCAUUGGUUCCGGGAGAAUGGAGGUGAUGGACCAGGACAGAUUCUGUCUCAUGUACAGCAGUUGCAGUCACAGCCAGCCAUGCCCUUAGCAACAUCGCUGAAGCAGUCUGUCAAAGAUCGCCUUGGGCCUCUUCUCACUGUAAAUUCUGAGUCUUCACAGGACUCCAGCAUAACUUCUCAGAACACUGCAAAAGUCUCAGUGAAGGAUCGUUUGGGUUUCACUGCCAAACCUGCUCCUGUUGAGAAGGUGUUUUCAACGUCUGCGGGCCUCUCAAAGACUGUAUAUAAUCCUGCAGCCUUAAAAGCUGUCCAGAAAACCACAGAUGACUCUCUAAAGAAGAAACAGGAAGCCCUUCGGCUACAACAGGAUGUACGGAAGAAGAAGCAGGAAAUACUGGAGAAGCAUAUUGAAACACAGAAGCUCCUGAUCUCCAAACUUGAGAAGAACAAAACGAUGAAAGCUGAGGAUAAAGCCAAGAUCAUGGAAACCUUGGACACUUUAACCAAGAGCAUCACCAAAUUACAAGAAGAGAUAAAAGUCAUCUCAAACAGCAGCAACAAUUUAUUGCACACAGUCAAGAGCAAGGCCCAAGCUCAGAAGGAACUUCUUGAUACAGAGCUGGACCUGUACAAGAAGACUCAAGCUGGAGAGGACACUGCUUUGUUGAAGAUUAAGUAUACGCAGCUGCAGAUAGAGGCUGCCAAAAGAGGUCUGCUGUCUCCAGGUCGAGGGCGUGGGAUCUCAGCUCGAGGGCGUGGCGCUCCAAGGGCCCGUGGAAGAGGUGCCAGAGGGCGGGGAAGAGGUGUUCCACAGCAUGCAGUUGUGGACCAUCGACCUCGUGCUUUGGAGAUUACUGGUUUCACUGACACGGAACGGGUAGACCUUCUACCACAUUUUGCGCAAUUUGGAGAAAUAGAAGAUUGCCAGAUUGAGGAAAACAGUUUUUCUGCAGUCAUCACCUACAGGACAAGAGCAGAAGCAGAACAGGCAGCCCUCCAUGGCAUCAAGUUCAAUAACCGUAAUUUACACCUGGCCUGGCAUAAGCCUGCCAUGACGCUAAAUGCUGCGGAUGCCAAUGAGGCAGAGCCAGAGGAGGAUGAGUUCCCAGAAGAGUCACUGAGCGAUGAUCCCUUGCUGCAGGACGACGACGAGGAGGAAGACGACAAUGAGCCUCGCUCCUGGCGCAGAUGAAGAUUUCAAUGCUGUGCAACGAUGACCAGAUGUCCAGCAAUUUAUUUAUUUCAAUGCCUGUUUAUAAAUCUGACUAGGCACCUUGGCUUGACUUCACAAAGAUGUAACUGGCUGAAAAAACCAUGACUUUGAUUUUUAAUAUGUAUUCCAGAUACAUUUUUUUAGAAAAAUGCUCUUAAUGUAGAAUGAUGGUGUUCUUUUGUACUAUGAAUCACGUAAGUAACUAUAGUUUGUCUGGACAUGUGACAGCUUGCUGAAUCAUCACUUUGAGAAAACAAAUCCUGUAUUACUAUAUAGUUAAAUGACAAACCAUGAAGGUUUUUCAGAUGGUGUUACAUUGGUUGAAAGAUCAUGUAAAUAUUUUAUGUCUGGGUUCAUUCGAUUUGUAUGAAAGCUCAUUUCCUGUUAUUUUCCUUAAUUUUGAAUUGUGUAAAAAAAAAAUAAAUAAAUACAUUUAAAUGGUCAGAAUGCACUGCCAAAAACAGGUGGGGAAAAAAACUUGGUGAGACAUUGACCAUUAAAAAAAAAAAAAAAAAAAAAAAAA